CAUGUGUAAACAAGCGAUAUUUGACGGAUUUGUUUUGAUCAUGGUUGUGAAAUUUUUAAAUUAAAAAUUUUGUAUUUAAAUUUAGAUUUUUAUAAUUAAAAUUAAUCCAUGACGUUUAAUAUUUUAUUUCCGAUUUUGUGAUUAAAAAUGUAAUUGAUAUACAUAUUCUAAAUUAAAAAAUCCUAUUUUGAACCCAAGAUGAUGAUUGAAAAAUUUCUUUUACAACUUAAUAUAUUAUUGUGAAUUUAGUAUUUGGGAAUUCGGUUUUUGGGACUAAAUUUUUUUUAAACGUAUUUGGAACUAAACAAUUUUUUUUAGUCCCGUAAGCAUUAUUUGAAACUCUGGUUUAUGAUUUUGUUUGUUUUAAUAGUUUAGAAUUGUUAAAAUAAUGAUUCUAUUGAUCAGUAUUCAAGUGUUGAUAUGAUGCGAUUAUUAAAAACAAUAUUUUAAUGUUUUCUCGCUAAUUACUGCUAGUAUUCCGUCUCUUUACUUUUUAGUAAUUCGCUCUUCGUGAGGGUACAUUCUUGUUUUUCCUGAUAGCAAGAAGCUACAGCUAAUUUCUGCUAGGGUUCCGUCUCUUUACUUUUUCGUAAUUCGCUCUUCGUGAGGGUACAUUCUUGUUUUUCCUGAUAGCACACAGCUACUAGCGUUAUGAAACAAACCUAUAUUUUGUACACAAUAUAUACAUAACCGUAGAAUAAAGUACCUAUUUGUUAAUAUCGGGAAACAAAUUGUUUACUCAAAGACAUUUCCUGACCUUAAAACAAUAUAUAUAUGUAUAUAAGUUAAUCCAUCAUUUCAAAGUUGUAUUGGAGAAAAUAUCAAAGUAUCAAAACUAAUAGGAUGCCCACUAUUAUUGCUUUGGAUGUGUCAUUAUCUAUGCAACGCCAAAUACCAGGUCGGAGUGAAGAAAAUGCACUUACUUACCAUCAGUUAGCCAUCAAGGGUAUAUCACAACUGCUAGAACAUUUGUCUGCCACAUCAAAGUUGGAAUAUGUUUCACUAGUUGUAUACUCCACAACAUCCGAGGUAAAGGUAGAUUUUACGCGUGAUUAUGACAUUAUUCGACAAGCUCUUAAGAAAAUAGAACCUGGUGACAAACUUUGCCUCAUAAGUAUGUUGAAAAAUGUUGCUAGUAUAUUGUCGACCAAUUGGGGCUUUCAAAACUAUUCUCAGGUUGUUGUGUUCACGGACUGUGGUUUAGGUUUUGGAAGUACAGCGCUCAAGGGCUUUUUCCACAGUUAUGUUGACAAAGAAAAUGAGCCUCAAUUCGAUUGGAUUACUCAACUGAAGGCAGUUAAGUUAAAUUUUGUGUGCAUGGGAGUUCAAAGUGAUUAUUACUUCACGCGUUCCUUGCCUAUAUAUCAGCAGCUUAUCGAUUUUACAGGGCUUAAAGGUCAACUUUAUAUGCCGAAAGCUGUAAAAGAGACUGUAGAAGGUUCAGAAAAUAUAAAUGAUAGUAAUAAGUCCUCAGGAAAUGCCAACAUCCAUACAUUGACGCCCACUAUGGGAUCACAUUCAAGUCAUAAAAGUGAGCUUGGUCGCACUGCUAUGUUCGAUUUAAUUGAAAGAGUUUGCGAGUCCAAUUUUAAGCCUUAUGAAGUUACGCUUAAAGCUGGUAGUUAUUUCCGGUUGGAGUGUCCGGUCGUUAUAUGGCCACGACCUGCGCCAUAUAAAAUGGAGAAUGGAGUGAGAACCGAAUUAAAAAUAUCACAGAAAAUAGAGAUAUGUGGGUAUUUGUCGCUUUCCGAAAUUGGUUCACCCGUUUCCUUAAGCCGACAUUUAGUUAUUCCUAAAGUGGAUAGAGAAAAGCCAGCACGACGCUCGUCCGAAAAAUCAAGUUCAUCAAAAUCUUCAUCGAGUGGAAGCACUGGUGCCACUGUAAAACCAGCAUUAGACGUGAACCAACCAAACUAUGAGUACGAAAAAUUAGAGCAGGAAAUACGAGAAUUCUAUACGAAAGACAUUAAAGACGGCGAUGAAAGCAGCGAAGAUACUGAAAGCAACGUUAAUAAAAGUGGCAGUGGUGCCUUACCAACCGCAGCUGAAAAAGAGUCGAUGUGUGUAUUGCUCCAUGGCGCUUUGAAAGUUGAAAAUUUAGCUGCAUUGGUAUUAUUAAAUGAUAAUUGGUAUGGCUUUAUCUAUUCCUAUGCGGAUAGUAAGAAAAAGUCUAAUUUAAUGUUGAACAUUUUACCACCUGGUAAUAAUGUUAUUCCCUGGUUGGGUGACCUGCAGUUAUUGGGAUUUGCUGAAGAUUUAUUGCCAGGCGAAACAAACGCGUUUCCUGUGAAGGCCGAAAAGCGUUCAUAUUCUCAAAGUUGUGUGGUGUGGAUAAAACAGGUAAGUUUGCAGUCUGACGUGCAAAAGGUACUGCGACAUGCAAAGAAAAUGCCAGAGAAGACGCAGCAUUUCUAUAAGGAAUUAAACCGCAUACGACGCGCUGCACUAUCCAUUGGCUUUGUUGAUCUGCUUGAAGCUAUGGCGACACUUUUUGAAAAAGAGAUUUCACAACUUUCGGUGAGUACAAAUCCGGAGUGCAUCCUGCAAUUGAAACAUGCAGUAAAUGAGUUGCGAACUGAAGAAAGUCUGGAUAUAAAAACGUCUAUUACACCAUACCACAAAUUUGGGUCAGCGGGUAGUGGCAAUGAUAAUGCGCCUUCGUCAGUAUCAGGUUUUAUAUAUUAAGUAACUAAAAUACAAGCAUUUCAUGGCAAAUGUAUUUUUUUUAAUGUUAGUAUAAGUUUAUACAUACAUUAUGCAUCUAAAAUAUAUUAUAUACAUUGAAUAUAAAAGAUGUAGACAUCCUCAAACAUUUAA